UACAUGCUGCCGCUAGGUGACAUCAUACGCAAAUACGGUGUUAGCUUUCACUGUUAUGCUGAUGACACCCAACUCUACAUGCCCCUAAAGCUGACCAACAUGCCGGAUUGUAGUCAGCUGGAGGCGUGUCUUAAUGAAAUUAAACAAUGGAUGUCCGCUAACUUUUUGCAACUCAACGCCAAAAAAACGGAAAUGCUGAUUAUCGGUCCUGCUAGACACCGAACUCUAUUUAAUAAUACAACUCUAACAUUUGACAACCGUAUUAUCUUCGACCCAACUCUCUCCUUUGAGGCACACAUUAAAAGCGUUACUAAAACGGCCUUCUUUCAUCUCCGCAAUAUCGCUAAAAUUCGCUCCAUUCUGUCCACUAAAGACGCUGAGAUCAUUAUCCAUGCGUUUGUUACGUCUCGCCUCGACUACUGUAACGUAUUAUUUUCGGGUCUCCCCAUGUCUAGCAUUAAAAGAUUACAGUUGGUACAAAAUGCGGCUGCUAGACUUUUGACAAGAACAAGAAAGUUUGAUCACAUUACGCCUGUACUGGCUCACCUGCACUGGCUUCCUGUGCACUUAAGAUGUGACUUUAAGGUUUUACUACUUACGUAUAAAAUACUACACGGUCUAGCUCCAUCCUAUCUUGCCGAUUGUAUUGUACCAUAUGUCCCGGCAAGAAAUCUGCGUUCAAAGGACUCCGGCUUAUUAGUGAUCCCCAAAGCCAAAAAAAAGUCUGCGGGCUGUAGAGCUUUUUCAUUUCGGGCUCCAGUACUCUGGAAUGCCCUCCCGGUAACAGUUCGAGAUGCCACCUCAGUAGAAGCAUUUAAGUUUCACCUUAAAACUCAUUUGUAUACUCUAGCCUUUAAAUAGACUCCCUUUUUAGACCAGUUGAUCUGCCGUUUCUUUUCUUUUUCUUCUAUGUCCCACUCUCCUUUGUGGAGGGAGUCCGGUCCGAUCCGGUGGCCAUGUACUGCUCGCCUGUGUAUCGGCUGGGGACAUCUCUGCGCUGCUGAUCAGCCUCCGCUUGGGAUGGUUUCCUGCUGGCUCCGCUGUGAACGGGACUCUCGCUGCUGUGUUGGAUCCGCUUUGGACUGGACUCUCGCGACUGUGUUGGAUCCAUUAUGGAUUGAUCUUUCACAGUAUCAUGUUCUCAUAUGUUCUCAUAGUCAUCAGUAUCAUCAGUAUCACAGUAUCAUGUUCUCAUAGUCAUCAUUGUCACCGACGUCCCACUGGGUCAUUAUUGUC